CUUGGCGUAGCUUAGUGGUCAUCUGUCAUUUCCUCUGGAUAUUCACGCAGGACUUGUCCCAUGUGAGCCCCAUCUGUGACUGUACCAUUUAUCAUCUCUGGAAGACGCUCCUGGGAAAACAGUGUCUCAUUCUUAAAAGACACCAAGGAGGGCCAAUUUAGUGCACCUGAGCAAUCUCCACGAUUGGCGAUUGGCGUUGAAGUCUGUCGGUUCCUAGACACGACAUUUGGGGGCUCGUCCGGGAUACGAAAGAGGGAUCGCUGAAGCUCCCGGCUCCUGGAGACAGAGGCAGAGGGUACUAGCCCCUUAAAAAGCCGUGCAGCUUAUCAAAAGGUAAGAGUAUUUAACUAUUUGUUUCGGACUGGGGCCCUCUCCCCUCUGACCUCCUCUCCAUGAACGCCGGGAGUGAAAUCCUCUCGUAAAACUAACCCGGACACUAACACCGAAAAUUGAGGGGAAGAAAGCAGCGAGCUCUUCAGAAACGUGCGCAGCGAACCAGGUGCCAGAGACCUGGGAGGAGAGAAACCCAAGAAGGGCCACCUGCAAGAGCUCUGCCCCAGCCAUGUCCACACAGAUACAGAAUGAACAGGGCGUCGGCCUGUUGACAGGAUCCUCUGCUCCAAACAGUUCUGAGGGGCCCAAGAAGGACAGCCCCCAGAAGGCUCGGGGCCAGUGGGCCAACAAAGCUGAAUACCUGCUGGCUGUGGUGGGACACAUAGUCGGGCUGGGCAAUAUCUGGAGGUUCCCUUACCUGUGCUACAAGAAUGGUGGAGGGGUGUUCCUUGUGCCUUAUCUGCUGUUCCUGGUGCUCAGUGGCAUCCCCCUCUUCCUGUUGGAGACCUCUAUGGGCCAGUACACUAGCCUCGGGGGAGUCAUGGCUUGGAGAAACUUUUGCCCACUUUUCGGAGGUGUGGGCUAUGCAACUCAAUUACUGGUCCUUCAUGGAAACGUGUACUACAUCACAGUCCUGGUCUGGGCUCUUUUCUACCUGGUGAACAGCUUCCAGUGGCCACUCCCCUGGUCCCACUGUAACAACACCUGGAACACAGAAAACUGCUUUGUGUCUGAGGGACGCAACCUCACAGCCAAUGGAACUGCCCUGCCAGAAAACGGCAUGUCUUCCGUCAUGGAAUUCUGGGAGAGGGAGGUGUUGCAGCUCUCCAGCCGAAUGGAGGACCUGAGUCCAGUGAGCUGGAGGCUCGCUCUGUGUCUGCUGGGAAUUUGGAUCCUCUGCUACUUCUCUGUGUGGAAGGGAGUGAAGUCCACAGGCAAGGUGGUAUAUUUCACUGCCACAUUUCCCUAUGUUACACUCCUGGUUCUGUUGAUCCGUGGGGUCACCCUCCCUGGUGCAGGUGACGGCAUCAUCUAUUACCUGAAACCCAACUACGUCCGCUUGGCUGACCCACAGGUGUGGAUGGACGCCGGCACUCAGAUUUUCUUCUCCUCUGGUGUCUGCAUGGGAUGUCUUAUUGCUCUGGGAAGCUACAACAGGUUUAACAAUGACUGCUUGAAAGACUGCUUUACCUUGUGUAUUCUGAACAGCGCCACCAGCAUCGUGGCAGGCUUCGCUGUUUUUUCCAUACUGGGUUUCAUGGCCCAAGAACAGGGCAUUGACAUUUCGGAGGUGGCACAAUCAGGUCCUGGUCUGGCCUUCAUUGUGUUUCCCCGGGCGAUUGCCAUGAUGCCCUUCCCGCAGUUUUGGGGAGUCUGCUUCUUCCUCAUGAUCAUCCUACUUGGAUUGGACUCUCAGUUUGUGGGCAUAGAGUCUUUGAUGACAUCUUUAACGGAUCUGUACCCAACAUUCGUCCGCAAGGGAUAUCGCCGGGAGCUGUUGUUGCUGCUAAUGAGCAUAGUGAGCUUUCUUCUGGGCCUGAUCCUGACCACCCCGGGUGGUCUAUAUGUGUUCCAGAUCUACGAUCACUAUUCAUACUCUGGGCCUGGUCUUCUACUUCUGUCAAUAUUAGAAACCUUAGCCGUUGGCUGGAUAUACGGUUCAGACCGGUACUGCGAUGUCCUCCAGAGCAUGACUGGGUAUCGGCCGUGGCCCAUAUUCAAAGUGUGUUGGAGCUACGUGACUCCAGCCUUUUGUGUUGGGAUCUUUGUGUUCUCACUGGUGUGGUGGCCUCCUGUAACCCUGGCCAAGGGGGUGGUGGCUCCAGGAUGGGCGAUAGCUCUGGGCUGGCUGCUCUGCCUGUCCAAUAUAUCUCCACUGCCCCUGUGGACCACUUAUGCCCUGCUCACCACUCCUGGCAGCUUGCGCCAGCGCAUCUGUCAGCUGAGGAAUGGGGCAUUCACCCCCAGUCCAGAAAACGAGUUCCAAGCCACUGAACUCCAGCCUCCUGCUCCUAAGACAGAUGCCAAAGUAACCAGUGACCUAGAUGUUAGUGGGCUGGAAACUCCAUCUGAAGGACUUGCCUGAGCCAGAUCCGGGAUUGCACUGGUGCCAGCCGAAAGCACAUGGUCCUGGGAAAAGUAAUAGGUGAUGGGUUAAAAUUCAGGGUUGAAGAAUGUUGGCAGGGAGGAGGGGUUACAGGAAGAGGAUGAGUGCUUUGUAUCCAUUUGCUGUGAUUGAGUGUCAGUUGGUGUUGAAAUGAGACAGCCUUAGAGACUAUACUACAGUGAUACUACUGGAUUCCAGCAGUACACCCAGGAGCCACCCUAAUCAAUCCUUCAGCUGCAUAUCUUCAUAUCUAGGGCUUUAUUCUUUGCCACUGCUGUUUGUAAUAUGACAGUGACUCAUCAGACUCUGAAGGACACUGCAGCCAUUCAUGACUUCCACCUCUACGGCCAAAAAGAGGUUACAUUGUGUUAAUGUUUAAUGUGUCUUGUAAUCGUUCACAUUACCUAUUUACUGCACUAUGUCACUGUAAUUUUAACCUGGUUAAAUAAGUUUGAAUAUUUACAUAAUUGGCUGCAACUGAGAGCAGCCAGCAAGCUGUAUAGCAGCAUUUGGAUGUAUCUCAAGCAUGUGUUUUGAUUCCAGAUUCUGACAUUGGACUUACAGUAUAAGAAAGGUGAAUGAUGUAAUUUUUUUCCCUGAUUGGAAAACUGAUUGAUUGAUUGGCACACAUGGAAAACAGUUUCUGGAUAGAGGUAUCUAGAAGGAAUACUCAUUUAAUACAGUAUAAAGUAUAUUUAACUUGCCUUUCACCAUGAAGAAUCUUUUUUUGAGAUUCAAAACUACUUUGCAUGAGAGACCAGGCACCAGUGAAAUAAUUGUGCUAGAACCAGGUUUAUUCACAUUCGCACAUAUCCUGUCUCAGUUUAAUUGGGCUGUUGGCUAAACUCAAGCCCUAAAAAGAAACAAUGAAGCCCUCCUAAGAAGCAAAUGAAAAUAGUGUGGCUUUUUUCAGAGUAAUUUGGACAGUGAGUGCUUGUGUGUAGGCAUGGGGAGGUGGGGGGGGGGGGGGG